CUUCUUUUUGUUUCUCUUUUGGAAAAGAAAGAAACAAAAAAAAGCAAGAGAAGGCAAGCAAGCAAGGGGUGUAAUCCAAUACCAAUAUUCAUUCAUUCCAUACAAUACUCCCAAUAGGUCCAAAAAGGUUGAGUCUUUAGAUUUUUUUUUAUAUAUUUUUUUGGGGAGAAGAGAAUCAAAUUCCCAACUUUGACUGGACCCCAAAAUUAUGAGAAGAAAAUGGGGGCAAUGAGACCAUGCUAUGCUCAUACAAUAUACACAAUAUGAGCAUAUAAUCACCCUAACAACUCUUUCUCUUUCUCUUUCUCCUUCUCCAAACCUUCUUCUUCUUCUUCUUCCUCUUCUUCAUCCAAUGACUGGUGAUGCAAAAAGACUACCCAGUUUGUAAAUUUCCCUUCUUUUCCUUAUUAUAUUGAAGAAAAAAAAGAAAAAGGAAAGAAAGAAAAGGAAAGUCAAGGUUGGGUUGGGAAGAAAAUGAGGGUUGUGAGAAUGUGGUUUCUUUUUAUGGAAUCCGAUUAUUAGCGUGUUUAUUCAUCUUCUCAGACACUUCUCAAUCUAGCUAACUCUUACCUUCCGACAUCUCUGAACAUCGUACAACCAGUCACCUUAACCUUAAGCAGCGUAGUGGGUUUAGCACAGAUCUGAUAACCAAGUGAAAGAGACUGUUAAAGUCAGAAAAAUAUCAGAACAAGAGAAGAGAAGAAAAAAGGCAUAGAUAGAUUGCUAAAUGAAGAGUCUUUGAUAAAUGUCUUUUGGUUUUUCUCUCCAAAGGUUUCUCACAACGCAGCCCACUACUCCUUCUGUGCAGAAGAGGAGGAAGAAGCAGAAGUAAUAAAUAUAAGAAAGUUUGAAAAUUGUUGUUGGUAUCAUCUGAUCAAAAUCGGUAUCUUUUCUGGAUUUUAGACAGAAAAACAUGAGACCAUUUUAAAGAGAAGAGAAGAGAAGAGAAGAGAAUCAAAGCAGAACAAAGAAGAAGCCUUUUUUGUAUUUUUUAUAUAUGUGAUGGGAUUGUUUUGGUUGGUGCUUUUGGUUGCGUUUCAGCCGCUAUUAAUUUCUUCUUCUUCAUCAAGUCCCACCAGAAGAGUCUUGUCCGAGCAGCAAUCACUGGAGUUGUUGUUAAACUUCAAGAGUUUCUCUGUUCAGUCUGAUCCCAAUGGCAUAUUGGCCGAUUGGAAAGCUUCUUCUGUUACUCCCUGCUCAUGGCAUGGCGUCUUAUGCUCACCUGAUGGCCUAGUCACGACCCUUAAUCUCAGCAACGCCGGCCUCACAGGCAGCCUCCACCUCUCCCAGCUCACGGCCUUGACCAGUCUUAAGUAUCUUUAUCUGCAAGGCAAUUUUUUCACCACAGGCGAUCUCUCGGCAUCAAAUGCUAGCUCCUGUGCCCUCCAGGUUCUUGACCUUUCCUCCAACAACCUCUCUGACCCGCUUCCAAAACCAUCUUUCCUGCUCUCUUGUCAAGCUCUCUCUUACGUGAACCUCUCUCGCAACUCAAUCCCUGGUGGAACUCUCAACGUGGGGCCUUCUCUGCUGCAGCUAGACCUGUCUCGUAAUCGGUUUUCAGACUCGGGUUUGCUGUCCCACACACUCUCAAACUGUCAGAACUUGAAUCUGCUCAACUUCUCUGACAACAAGCUAAAGGGUCAACUGGGUGUUACUCUCAAGUCUUGCAAAAGUCUCUCAACGCUUGACCUCUCUCACAACCUGUUGUUUGGGAAGAUACCCUCUAACUUCGUUGCAGACUCCUCACCAUCUCUCAAGCACUUGGACCUUUCUUACAACAAUUUCUCUGGGAGAUUCUCUGCUCUUGACUUGGGCAGCUGCAGCAACCUCACUUGGCUGAACCUGUCUCGGACCACCCUUUCUGGUGCAGAGUUUCCAGUUACGCUCAACAACUGCCAGCUUCUUCAAACGCUUGACCUCUCCCACAAUAACCUUUCCUCCGAAAUUCCAGGUAGCUUGGCAACUUUGAAGAACUUAAGGCUGCUCUCUUUGGCUGGUAAUGAUUUCAAUGGUGAAAUACCUCCUGAACUAGGAAAGCUUUGUGGGACUCUCGAGGAACUCGAUCUCUCAGGAAACAACCUCUUAGGUGAGUUGCCUUCAAGUUUUAGAUCAUGCUCUUCCUUGACAAGUUUGAACCUUGGGAACAAUCAACUCUCUGGAGAUUUCAUUGUUAAUGUGAUUAGUAAUCUUCAGAGUCUGAGGUAUCUCUAUUUGCCAUUCAAUAACAUAACUGGCCCAUUGCCACUGUCUCUCGCCAAUUGUACUCAGCUUCAAGUGCUCGACCUCAGUUCUAAUAGCCUUACCGGAAGCAUUCCUUCUGGAUUCUGCUCCUCCUCCACCUUGGAAAGGAUACUUCUUCCAGACAACUUUCUUUCCGGGACUGUGCCAGUGGAGCUUGGAAAAUGCAAGAUGCUAAGAACAAUUGAUCUCAGUUUCAACAAUUUGAGUGGUGAAAUUCCUUUAGAUAUUUGGAGCUUGCCAAAUCUUUCUGACUUGAUCAUGUGGGCUAAUAUGCUCUCUGGUGGGAUCCCAGAAGGCAUUUGCAUUGUUGGAGGGAACAUACAGAUGCUCAUUCUCAACAACAACCUCUUGAGUGGAACCAUCCCACAGUCCAUUGCCAACUGUACAAACAUGAUUUGGAUAUCACUUUCAAGCAAUCGGAUUACUGGAGAAAUUCCUAGUGGAAUUGGAAAUCUUGUUAACCUUGCAAUAUUUCAGAUGGGGGAUAAUUUGCUCUCAGGGCAGAUUCCUCCUGAGCUUGGCAAUUGUCACAGCCUCAUUUGGCUUGAUUUAAACAGCAAUGAACUCUCAGGCGUUAUCCCUGCCGAGGUUGCUGACCAGGCUGGCCUGGUAAUUCCAGGUAUUGUUUCUGGUAAGCAGUUUGCGUUUGUGAGAAAUGAGGGUGGAACAGCUUGCAGGGGUGCUGGAGGGCUAGUUGAAUUUGAAGGGGUUCGGCCUGAGAGGCUGGAAAGAUCUCCCAUGGUUCACUCUUGCUCAUCAACUAGAAUUUACUCUGGCAUGACUGUUUAUACUUUCUCCACUAAUGGAAGCAUGAUUUAUCUUGAUCUUUCCUACAAUUCUUUGUCUGGAACUAUUCCGGCAAAACUGGGUGUGAUGGACUAUCUGCAAGUCUUGAAUUUAGGACACAACAACCUCACUGGUAAGAUUCCAGACAGCUUUGGAGAAUUGAGGGCAGUAGGAGUUCUAGACCUCUCUCACAAUCACCUCGAGGGAUAUGUUCCAGGGUCAUUGGCCACUCUAUCUUUUCUCAGUGACUUAGAUGUCUCUAACAAUAACUUGAGUGGUGCCAUUCCCUCUGGAGGUCAGCUCACCACAUUUCCAGCAUCCAGGUACGAGAACAAUUCUGGCCUUUGCGGGCUGCCAUUGCCGCCUUGUGGAUCACAAUACCAUGGAUCAGCUUUCAACACCAGCGGAAGAAAGCAGUCUAUGGCUGCUGGGAUGAUAAUUGGCCUUGCAUUCUUUGUGAUAUGCAUUCUCAUACUGACACUAGCUCUAUAUCGUGUGAAGUUGCACCAACAGAAGGAGCAACAAAGAGAGAAAUACAUGGAAAGCCUGCCGACUUCGGGUAGCAGCAGCUGGAAACUUUCCAGUGUUCCUGAGCCUCUCAGCAUCAACAUAGCCACAUUUGAGAAACCUCUGCGCAAGCUGACUUUUGCCCAUCUACUUGAAGCUACAAACGGUUUCAGUGCUGACAGUUUGAUUGGUUCUGGAGGUUUUGGCGAGGUUUAUAAGGCGCAGCUCAAAGAUGGGUCUGUUGUUGCAAUCAAGAAGCUUAUUCAGGUGACAGGCCAAGGAGACAGGGAAUUCAUGGCAGAAAUGGAAACCAUUGGAAAGAUUAAGCACCGAAACUUAGUUCCUUUGUUAGGCUACUGUAAGAUUGGAGAAGAGAGGCUUCUUGUGUAUGAGUACAUGAAAUGGGGUAGUUUGGAGUGUGUUCUUCAUGAGCAGCCUAAGGGAGGAGGAGGAGGCUUAACAAGACUUGGUUGGGCAGCGCGAAAGAAGAUCGCCAUAGGGUCAGCAAGAGGCCUGGCAUUCCUUCACCACAGUUGUAUACCUCAUAUUAUCCACCGUGACAUGAAGUCCAGCAAUGUUCUUCUUGAUGAGAACUUUGAGGCCAGAGUAUCAGAUUUUGGUAUGGCAAGAUUGGUCAAUGCUCUCGACACCCAUCUCAGUGUGAGCACCCUGGCUGGAACACCAGGAUAUGUUCCCCCUGAGUACUACCAGAGUUUUAGGUGCACAACUAAAGGGGAUGUGUACAGCUAUGGUGUGAUAUUGUUGGAGCUUUUGUCAGGGAAAAGGCCAAUAGACCCAUCUGAGUUCGGUGAUGACAACAACCUGGUUGGUUGGGCAAAGCAGCUUCAUAAAGAGAAGAGGAGCACUGAGAUACUCGACCCUGAGUUGUUGACAGAGAGCUCAGGUGAGUCUGAGCUAUGCCAUUACCUAAGGAUUGCCUUUGAGUGCCUAGAUGACAGGCCACUGCGGCGGCCCACCAUGAUUCAGGUGAUGACCAUGUUCAAAGAGCUUCAGGUGGAUUCAGAGAGCAGUGACAUACUCGAUGGAUUCUCAGUAAAAGAAACAGUGAUUGAUGAAUCAUGAAGAAAAGUGUAAGAAGAGAUAGAUUUCAGGUUUGAGAUUUGUGCAGUGUAAAUAUGAAUAGGACGUUAUGAGAGCAAAGUGUUAGGAAAAGAGUUGAGAACUUGAGAGUGAGUAGCAGCACCAUUGAUGAUAGGUCCAUUGGCAUACAUACAACAUACCAUGGAUGCAUUUUUUGGUGCUCAAGUGGUGGUGUGAUGGUGAUGGUGAUGGUGAUGGUGUUUCAGUGUUCACUCACCCAAACAAAUUGACAUUGACACAAAUGGGAUUUGACAUUGACAAAGAACAACACAACACAACACAACACAACACGUCUGUUUUGUUUUUCUGUUCAUACAAAUCUCUCUCUCUCAAACAUUUUUGUAAAGCUGUAGCAUUUUUAUUAUUAUUAUUACUAUUGGCAAAUUCAUUUACA